AUCCUCCUGGCACACCGAGUUUGUCUCCAGGUUCAUCACAUCCAUGGCUUGAAGACAGAUCAGCGUCACUGAUUUGUUCUUUACCAAGUGGAGAUGAAGGAAACCCAGAGGCUACCUUUCACUGGAUUAGAAAUAACAACACUAUAGAACACACAGGAUUCAACUACACGUUCACACCAUCAAAGGAACACAACGGAGAUGAGUACAAGUGUACAGCUGGGAAUCUCUUCACAGACAGAGACGGACAAUCCAGACCUGUGUCUAACACAGUGCGGCUCAAUGUAUACUAUUCUCCACGGGUGACGAUAUCCUCCGAUAAGCACACAAGAGUAGAGCGGGGGAAACAAGUCAUAUUACGCUGUUCCGCUGACAGUAACCCAGCCACCUGUACGUUUGAGUGGACUCGCGGCUCGACACGUGUAGGUGUUGGUCCUGUGUUACAGAUUGCUGCGUUCCGUGACUCUGACCAAGGAGAGUACACGUGUUCAGCGACAACUGUGUCUGCCAGAUAUGGUUCCCUGACAGGCUCAGCAAGUGUUAUUGUCACAGCUCCAGAUUCGUGUUACUGCACAGAUCAGUCAGAGACCAGUGUGGAUUUGGAGUGGAAUUAUGACAGAACCGAAAAAUCAAACGGGUUCUCUGUUGAACAGCGUCUCCCAAAGAACACACGCUGGGAUGUUGUGUCCAUGUUAACUACUCACAGAGAAAACAACACGUUUACUCUACAUGUCGAUCGCUUGCAAUCCAGUUCCUCAUACUUCUUCAAAAUAUUCUCUUCAUCUAGGAAAGACGACAGCGGUUUCUGUUUGACUACUUGCAGGACCCUGCCCUUUUCCAAAUCGUCUUCGUCUGGACUAGGAGUGGGAGUUGCUGUUGGUCUCGUAGUAGGAUUCGUUGUCACCAGUGUCGCUGCUGUGUUGAUUAUUCUCAUCUUACUGAGAAAAGGUGUCCUAGUUAGAUCGGAAUCUAAACGUCAAAAGGAAACGAGCGUUUAUCAAGACAUCACAAUGGACACACUUCAACAGACUUCUGGUUCAGACACUACAAGUAUGCCAAAUGAAUCGACCAACACAUACGACAGUUUACAAUCCCAUGAUGCAACACCUUAUGAAAAACUGAAUGCAUACGGGAAUCUGCCUCCGUCAGGAGAAAUGCUUGAGGACACGACCAAGUAAAGGAAGUAUGUACGUUUACAACACAAAUAAGCGUGUAGGUGUUACUUAGAAACAACAGCAUUUGAUGGCCGAGAGACGUCAACAUUGGAGGACUCUGUAAAGUAUGGUGUGACCUCAACAAAACGGAACACUUGUGGUAGUGAAGUCGAUCAAUGACAAACGUGUUUGUGUUGGAUCUGGUCAGGGGAUGCACCUGCAUAACCAUCCCUGACUUUAUUCCUUCUUCUUCUAUUAGUACGUCAUACUCGUCAUGUUGAUAAGGAAUAUGAACCUUGAAAACUCGAAAGUAUUAUUUUUGUCAUCAUGCAUUGUAGUUUUAUUUGUUUUGUUUACUCCUUCAGUAUGUAUAUAUGUUGUAGGUUUUGAUCCAUUAUCAGAGGAUAUCUCAAAUUCUAGAAACACUUUUCUUUGAGGAAAUAAAAUCGUAUAACGAUUA